AUGCUUUUGCAGCUCAUUUUCAUCUCAGCCCUCUUCUACCUACUGGCGGCUAGUGGGUCCAGCUACUUGCCAGUGGAGUUCGUCGUGUCGCUCACACCCCAGGCAAGUGAGGCCAGUCCACUCGUCCUCUCCUUCUACUCCUCCGUGGAAUCUGCCAUUACCAGCGUCCUCGUCACAACCCUUAAACGUACUGUCUUCUACGGCAUGUACACCGUGCUCACCCAUUCUCUCUUCGGCCUUGACAUAGUUGUCCUCCCCUCGAGUAAGUGA